AGGUGACGUCUCAGUGGGCGUGUCUCACCUGCCCCCGCCUUCCUACCUGACUUGCUGUGAGUCUCACCUGGGCUUCUCCCUUCAGGAAGUUCUAUCCCUCCUUGUGAGUUUGUGGAUCUAACAUCUGACCCCUGCACCUCGACCCUUUCUGGGGGAGAGGAAUGUGAGCUCCUGUGGUUCCCAGAUCUCUCCAGCAGACAGGAGAUGAGUCGAUGAUGGAGACAGACAGUGAGGGGAAACAAGGGGAGCAUCGAGGUGCAGAGGGGAAUGUCGCAGAUGAAGAGGAGGCACCCAGCGUUGGCACAUUAGCAAUAGCCACUGAGAAGGAGCCCACGGAGCCCACGGAUGAUCUUUGUGACAAGAGACAGCAGACGAAUGAACGGCCAAUAACUGGGGAAACUGGAAAUUCUGGCUCAGGGAGCAGCGUGGCUACCAGCAAUAAUGGAGACACGGGUCAAGGGUCGCAAAACAAGGGCCCAACAACAUCAGACUCCAUGGACUGCUUGACUUCAGAGAAGGGAAAGACUGUCACUGAGCAGGGAGAGACAUCCACCAACUGUAGAGAGACAUUCAUCAAACACAGGGAAAAUGUCGUGGGGCAGAGUGAAACAGUCAGUGAUCAGAGCGAGACAGUCGUCAAGCAGAGGGAAACCACUACAUAUUUUGAAGAGACAGUCACUGAACAAGGAGAGACAUCAAAAGAGCAGGGAGAGUCCACAACCAACCAGGAAGACACAGUCAAUGAGCAGAAUGAAACCGCCACAGAGCAGGGAGAGACAGUCACUGGGCAGACGGAGACAGCAGGAGAGCAUGGAGAGGCAGCCAGUGGACAGGUAGAGACAGUCACCAAGCAGAGGGAAAUUGCCACAGAGCACAGGGAGGCAGCGACUGUGAGAGAAGAGAAAUCCACUAGGCAGGGGGAGACAUCCACUGAACUGGGAGACACAUCCACCAAACAAGCAGAGGCAGCCACCAAGCAUGAGGAGACAGCUACAGUGAAUGAAGAGACAGCAGCUCAGCAGGGAGAGGCAAUCACUGAGCAUGAGAGCACAGCCACUGAGUUGGAGGAGACCUCCACAGAGCAUGAAGAGACCUCCACAGAGCAUGAAGAGACUGCCACAGAGCAGGGACAGACAACCUUUGGGCAGGAAGAGCAUGGAGAGAUGGUCAUUCAACAAAGGGAGACAGACACUAAGCAGGGAGAGACAGAAAACAAACAGGAAGAAACAGAUGAUGAGCAAAGAGAGACAGCCACCAAACAGACUGAAACUGUCACAGAGCAUAGGAAGACAGCCGUCAAGUAUGAGCAAUAUGAGAUUGAAAAUGAGCAAUGGGAAACUGCAACUGAGCAAUGGGAGACAGAGGAAGGAACUACAGAGACAUACACACAGGACAUACAUCUACUCACAGCAGAGAAAAUAGAGCAGAGUAGAGAGACAUUGAGUGAAGACAGUGAAGAAUGGGAAACUGCAAGUGAUGACAGCAUAGACAGACCAAUAUCAGACAGCCCUGGAGAAGUACAGAAUCAAGAGAGUGUCGAUAGUGGUAGGAGAGACGUCAGGGAGAUUCAAGAGAUACUGAGGGAAAGAGAAGCGAGUGGCAGCAAAAACCUAAACACAAUUUCCUACAGCAUUCAAACUGACUGCCCUACAAGUAGUCAUGAAAAGAUGGUGACCUGCAAUAUUGGGGAGACAGAGACUGUUGACAAAAUAACAUCAGUUGAAGAAAGAAAAGCUGAAGAGACUGAAGACACACUGGCCAUUAAUAAUGAGGACAACAUGUUGGAAACCAUUAGGGAAUGUGCAGCAGAGGCAGAAAGUGACCCCAAAGAAGGAGAACAGGAGAUCAAAGGGACAGAAGUCAAAAUAGGAGAACAAUGGGGCUUGUUAGAGGUGAGGAAGGACACACGUGCAGAAAUAAUGGCACCAAGUGAAGCAACAGACAGUCAAGAGAGUCAGACAGACAAACUAGAGACAGAAACUCCUGGGAAAAGCCGUGAAGAUGGAACUGUUAGUGACAGAGAGGGAGGUCUGUGCAACCAGGUUAAAAAAGAUACACGAGUCCAACGACAGUGCUUAAUGGAGACAGAUACAGGGGUUCAAGGGCAAGGCUUAAUGGAGACAGAUAUAUGGGUUCAAGGGCAAGGCUUAAUGGAGACAGAUACAGGGGUCCAAGUAAAUGGCUUAAUGGAAACAGAUACAGGGGUCCAAGGACAAGGUUUAAUGGAGACAGAUACAGGGGUUCAAGUAAAGGGCUUAAUAGAGGCAGAUACAGGGGUCCAAGUAAAGGGUUUAGUGGAACAGGAAAUAACUUUGCAGUUUUGGGAUGUUAUCAAGCAAAGUGUUGAUCAUAACAUUGCUGAAAAGGGACAUUUGGCCCAAGAAAUGACAGUUGUUGAAGUAGAAGAGAAAGACACUGAGGCACAAUAUGUCUCCAGCCCUCCACAAGCCAUGGAAACUUAUGACCAUGGAACCCAAAGCAACAUUCUUGCUGAAUUGAACAUCAGUUGUGAAAUACAAGAUCAGAUGAGUGGGAACAUCAAUCUAGGCCCCUUUUAUGAAGAACCGGCUAGUUCUUUCUCUUUUCAGCCCUUGGAAACACAAACAAGCCAAAAUUACUACUCAGAUGUUUUCAGUCCUACCGACCCAAAUGCUGACCAAGCCGAGCCUGAAGGGUAUGAACAAACUAAGAUGCCCCAAUUUGGGGACAUAGCUCAUCAAUAUAAUAUCCAAUAUCAGGAGGAGAAGAGUUUGUGUCCAGCUGUGUUUACAAGUUCUGCUCCAUACAGCACAGACCCCAAUAAUGAUGGGAACCAUGAGAUUAGUGAGGUCUCACAAGGGGCAGACUGCAUUGUAGUAAAAGAGACUCCUUCAACACUGGGCAUUUUACAAGAGGCAACUGGGCUUGUGUUACUUGUGAACCAACCAGUGGCCUUGCAAAAUUACAAGGAAAUAUCAUUAGAGAGGACAGAAGGGUCUGAUUCCCAAAAGACGGGGAGCUACCUCUCGGAGCAAGCCAUGGCUAAGGAGGAGACAGACUCUAUUAUGGACAUGGGGAAAACUGAAACACUGGGAAUAACUAGGCAAUGGAGUACUACUGAAUCCUUGGGGCCCUCAGAUUGUAACUUAAUUCAGUCUGACCCCUAUGAUGAAAGUUCUCUCCAAAAGACCAGAAUUAUGAGUCUCACACCUGAAGUGGACAAACUGGAACAUUACCCAGAAAUCACUAGAGGAGCCGUCACUGUCUCUGCUUUCAGCCCACAAAUAGUACAGGAAAGUGAUAAUAUGACUGCCUCAGAUUUGAGCGAUGCAGAAUCAAACCAAAAGUCCAGUUUCUACCCCAUUCAGAUUUCAAAUCCCAUCAUGAAUUUGACUGGAAGUCCAGAACACUUGGGGUUUUACAGUGAAGGACUGGUUAAUCCUGAAGGGAAAACAUUUAUGGACCUUCCAGGGAACCAGCCUGGGCCCAACUUUGAAGAGCCCAAUUCUUCUCCAGCUACUAAAAAACCCUUUGGUCCACUAUUGAAUCCUGUGUGGGUCAAUCCCCGGCAGAUCCGGUAUUCGGAGGGCUCAGACAGAGUGUACAGAGCAAAUGAGCAACGAGAGAGUUUUCUGGUAAGACGAGCCACAAUCAGACAGAAGAAAGGGACCAGCCGUGGAAUGAAAAGGAACAGUGUUUUCUUGCCUUCUACAGUGGAUGAACAAGAACCUACAAAGGACAAGAGUGGCCAAUCUACAGUACCAACCUUUUCUGCCAUUAACAUCCUGAGACCCGAAUCACCUCAGUCUGGGCUACGGUUCCGACCUGAGUCACAGGCCAUCAUUGAGACUGAACAAUUGGUUGAUAAUUCUGUUCAAGAGAGCUUUGCUGAUGAAGAAGAACCUAUCAAAAAAGUAAGGCCCUCCAGAAGGUUGGACUCUGUCUUCCUACGGGAGAAACAUGACCAGAAGACCCCAGAGCUGUCACCAAGGUUACGGCGCAAAUCAAAAUUCUAUGGUGCAUCCAGAGUUCUGUAUCAGGAAUACAGCGAUGAAGCUCUUAAUCAGGCCAUCAAGAAUCAGAGACCCGAGUCACCCAGACUGCGUCGGAGGGAAUCCCAAGACUCCUACCUGCAGCGCCUUUCCAUGUCUUCCGCUGACUCCCUGUGGCAGGACAUUCCAGAGAUACGUGGCAGUGUGGGGUUCCUCUCAAUGUCACGUGAAGAGCAGAAAUUACAGGAGGCCAAGUUUGAGCUGAUCAUGUCAGAGGCCCUCUACCUGCGCAGCUUGAAUAUAGCGGUGGAUCACUUCCAGUACAACCCGGACCUGCAGGAGGUUCUGACUGCCCAAGAUCGGCAGUGGCUUUUCUCCCGCUUGUCUGAAGUGCGAGAUGCCAGUUCAGAGUUCCUGUUUGAUCUGGAGGACGAAUUCCAGAGAAACAAGUACAACUUCCAAGUGUGCAAUAUGGUGAUUGACCACGAGCCGAACUUCCGAAGGGUUUAUCUGCCUUAUGUCACUAACCAAUCCUACCAGGAGAGGACCUUCCAGAGACUGCUGAACAACAACCCACGUUUCCAGCAAGUUCUAUCAAAGCUGGAGAGUGAUCCCAUGUGCCAGAGACUUGGGCUCAAAUCCUUCCUGAUCCUUCCGUUCCAGAGAAUCAUUCGGCUUCGGCUGCUACUCCAGAACAUCUUAAAACGUUCAGCCCCAGGAUCUGAUGAUGAACUUCAAGCGACACAAGCUCAUAACAAUGUGGAGAAGUUGAUCAGAGACUGCAAUGAGAGUGUUCAGAGGAUGAAGGACACAGAAGAGCUGAUCCUUCUGAACCAGAAGAUCCAGUUUGAAUGCAAGAUAUUCCCCCUCAUCUCUCAGUCUCGCCGGCUGAUCAAACACAGUGAGGUCUCGGCACUUGAAUUGAACUCUCUCAGCUUCAAACUGAAGAUCUCACGCUCUGUCUACUUACAUCUCUUCAAUGACUGUCUGCUGCUGUCUCGGACCAGAGAGGGCGGGCGCUUCCUGGUGUUUGAUUACGCUCACGCGGCCGAUGUGCGGGUGGAACGAUGUGAGAAGAGAAUUCAUGGGAACCAAAAGAAUAUUUUCUGCAUCUCCCUGCGAGACAAUGCUGCGGGGAGUCCAGAUGGGAGAAGGGCUGAAUAUUUCUUCUGCACAGACACACAGAGUCAGAAACUCAGAUGGAUCUCAGCUCUAUCUCCCCCCAAGGAAGAGCCGGACCUCUUUAAAUAUCACGGCCUCUCACAGAUGCUGUGCUUGAAGUCGUACACAGCGAGAGAAAAUGACGAGCUGUCGCUGGAGAAAGCAGACAUAAUCUUUGUGACACAACGCAGUGAAGAUGGCUGGCUCCGGGGCGUGUGCCUCUCUGACAUGCAGUCUGGGUGGUUCCCUCUGUCACAUGUGCAGCCCGUCGGUCGCAACGCGUGUCUCCGAAAUCUGGAGGAAGAGCAGAGGUUACAGACUGCCAGGGCCAAGCUGCAACUGCCACUUUCCAACUGACCAGCUGCCACUUCUGCCUCGUACAGGGGAAAUACACAAGGCCCAGAGCCAGAUAUUCUCUCCUUUAUUUUCCCUUAAAUUGUCAAUAAAAUCUUAGGGGGCAGUUGAUUGUAUAUUUGUAAUUGUACAUGUGGAGCUGCUGAUUGAGCUUAAAUAUCCUCCAUAAGAAGAGCGCCCUCUAGUGGCCACAAGUAAAAGUGCUUAUGGAGAUUUCUAUGGUAUUGUCUGUACUGUAAGUUCUCUCCAUCUCUCCCUCAGUGUUUUAUAAACUGUGUCUUUUGCUGCUUUUAACUGUACAGAAUCAGGGAAUAGGGACAACUUUACAAAUCCGUAAUAAGAAUUCCUGCUUCCAAUUGACUGGCUUUAUUUACCCUUUAAUAGUUGCCUUUCCCGCAUCCAUUGCUUUCCAUUCUGAUCAGCCUUGGGCUUGUACCCACAAUGCACUGCACAUUAUACUGCAGACCCUUAUUAUCAACGCAGCAAUCAGUCUCCUCCAUCACAUCUGCACAUUUCUAUUUCUAUUUUUAAUAAAAUAACUAACGAUC